UACUCAUGGGUCUCCUCACUAGGAAUGACCCAUGAAAGCUAAUUUCUCUCUAACUUUAUCGCGUUCCCAUGUCUUAGCUAACCACAACCCUGCUUUUCUGUAUUCCAUUGCCCCUUUCUUCUCUAUAUAAGUCCUUCUCUUCUGGUUUGUUUUUUCAUCCCAACUCUUACUUCAUAACGGUUGUUAGUGCUUUAAUUUCUUGUCUGCCUUUUCAUUUCCAUGGCUCCCAGCUUGAGCAAAGGUGCUCCGGAUGUAAUGGGGUUGGAGGACGGUCAUUCAUCGUCAUCGAUCACCCUUCAGGGUUCUGAUUUUUUGGCUAAUGGCCACCCAGUCCUCACGGAAGUCCCUUCUAACAUUGUGGUCAUUCCAUCACCCUCUAGUCCUGGAAACAAGGCCAAAACCAUGGUGGGGUGCUUCGUGGGGUUCGAGGCCGGCGAGGCCAAGAGCCGGCAUGUCGUCCCCGUCGGGAAGCUCCAGGAAAUACGGUUCAUGAGCAUAUUCAGAUUCAAGGUGUGGUGGACCACCCACUGGGUAGGAACCCGCGGAGGAGAUGUGGAGCACGAGACCCAGAUGAUGAUUCUGGACAAAUCGGACAUGGGUCGACCCUAUGUUCUCCUCCUCCCACUCAUAGAAGGUCCCUUCAGAGCCUCUCUCCAGCCGGGAGAAGACGACAACGUCGACAUCUGCGUGGAAAGUGGCUCCACCUCCGUGCGCACCUCCGCCUUCCGGAGCUGCCUCUACAUGCACGUAGGAGACAACCCUUAUGAACUAGUGAAGGACGCAAUGAAAGUGGUGAGGGUCCAUCUGGGGACCUUCAAGCUUUUGGAAGAGAAGAGCCCUCCAGGUAUAGUAGACAAAUUUGGCUGGUGUACAUGGGAUGCAUUUUACCUUAAAGUACACCCCAAAGGUGUUUGGGAAGGAGUGAAGGGCCUAGUGGAGGGUGGGUGCCCUCCUGGCAUGGUCCUAAUAGACGACGGAUGGCAGUCCAUCGGUCACGACGAUGAACCCAUCUCCGACCAAGAAGGCAUAAACAGAACCGCCGCGGGUGAGCAAAUGCCAUGUAGGCUCAUAAAAUUUGAGGAAAACUACAAGUUUAGGGAGUAUGAGAGUCCUAGGGUACCCCAGGAGAAGGGUAUGGGGGCAUUUGUUAGGGACCUCAAGGAUGAGUUUAAGAGCGUAGAACAUGUGUAUGUGUGGCAUGCCCUUUGUGGAUAUUGGGGUGGGAUCAGACCCAAUGUCCCAGGCAUGCCCGAGUCUAGGGUCAUCGCUCCUAAGCUGUCACAGGGUUUGCAGAUGACUAUGGAGGAUUUGGCCGUGGACAAGAUCGUCAACAAUGGUGUGGGGCUGGUGCCGCCGGAGUCGGUGGCGGAAAUGUACGACGGCCUCCACUCUCGGCUGCAAUCGGUUGGCGUUGAUGGAGUCAAGGUUGAUGUGAUCCACUUGCUAGAGAUGGUAGCAGAGGAGUAUGGUGGGCGAGUGGAGCUGGCAAAAGCCUAUUACAAGGCACUGACUGCAUCUGUGAGGAAACAUUUCAAAGGGAAUGGUGUAAUUGCUAGCAUGGAGCACUGCAAUGACUUCAUGUUCCUGGGGACUGAGACCAUCUCGCUCGGCCGCGUUGGGGAUGAUUUUUGGUGCACCGACCCGUCCGGAGAUCCGAACGGCACAUUUUGGCUACAAGGGUGUCACAUGGUGCAUUGUGCCUACAACAGCCUGUGGAUGGGCAACUUCAUACACCCCGACUGGGACAUGUUUCAAUCCACCCACCCAUGUGCUGAGUUCCACGCCGCUUCACGGGCUGUCUCCGGGGGACCAAUAUAUGUCAGCGACCACGUCGGGAAACACAACUUCCAGCUCCUGAAAAGCCUCGUCUUGCCCGAUGGGUCGCUUCUGAGGUGCCAACACUACGCCCUUCCCUCAAGAGAUUGCCUGUUCCAGGACCCAUUACAUGAUGGCAAAACCAUGCUCAAGAUUUGGAACCUUAACAAAAACACAGGAGUUUUAGGAGCAUUCAACUGCCAAGGAGGAGGGUGGUGCAGAGAAACACGAAGAAACAAGAGCGCCUCCGAGUACUCCCGCACCGUUUCAUGCUUGGCAAACCCGAGUAAAGACAUAGAGUGGAGCGCCGGGAAGAGUCCCAUCUCCACCAAAGAUGUGGACCUUUUUGCAGUGUACAUGUUUCAGGAGAAGACGAUGAAGCUGUUGAAGCCAUCAGAGAGCCUGGAGAUCUCACUGGAUCCAUUCAAAUUUGAACUCCUCACAGUCUCUCCUGUGAAGGUGUUGCCCAGAAAUAAUAACAAUUCAAUUCAGUUUGCUCCAUUCGGACUGGUGAACAUGCUCAACGGUGGCGGGGCAGUUGAGUGGGUGGAGUUGGAUGAAGAUGAAGACGAAGAUAGGGUGAAAAUUGGAGUGAAGGGAUGUGGAGAAAUGAAGGCAUUUGCAUCUGAAAAACCAACUACAUGUAAGAUCAAUGGAGAGGGUGUGAAGUUCAGUUACGAGGACCAUAUGGUUGGGGUUCAAGUUCCUUGGCCUGGUUCAUCACAAGUGUCAAUUGUAGAGUACUUGUUCUGAAUUCCAUGAAUGGGUGGCAAUAUUCUCAUCCAAAAUUCGUCACCAAUCUGGUUGUGGUUCAUGGGAUUUGUGAUAUUAAUGAAGUUUAUGUAUCUCUUACCAAAUUUUAACCCUCAAUUUAACACUUGUUUGAAUCAA